UAAGUAUUUAACCACAUAUAAAUAGAUCGCAAAUUAGUUUCUCUCUUACUUGUCUUCUUGCAAACACUCUCUAGAACCCCUUUUACCCACUUUUACCAUAGCAAAUCUAAAUCACAUUGAUCCCAAUGCAAUUUUGUUUUCCUUUUCUUUAACUUCAAAAUUUCUCUCCCCUAUUGAUCCCUCAAUUUUUCUCAUUUUUCUGAUAUUUUUUUCAUUUUUUUUGGGCUAUUGUUUAUCUUUCUGUCGUACAAUGUUCGAUUCUUGAAUUCUGUGUUUUUUGCGUUGAAAUAUUGAUGGUGUCCGCUGUUUAGCUGAUUGCUGAAUUGGGUGUGGAUUAGUUUUGGCUAAUUUUGAUUGAUUGAUGAGGAAUAAGCGAAAAGGAUGUGAGAUUUUGUGCCCUAAAAAAAGAGAAAUAUGGAAUUCGGGUCAUGAUUCGGGUUCUUCCAUAUCGAAUUUGAAAACCCAUUUUUCGUUAGAGGAAUGUUCUAGAAGGUUGAAGAAAAGGUGUAAGGAAGAUGAUGAUGAUGAUGGGUUGUUGUGUUAUGAGGUUAUUGCUGGGUCUUGUAGAAGUAGAACUAGGCUUGCUGCUGCUACUGCACCGCCGAGUGGGAGUUCUUCCAUUAGUUUGUGUGGGAGAGGGGUGAAGAGGAAGAUAGGAUGUAUAGAUGCAGCUACACAAAUGGGUAGGAAGAAUAAGAUUGAAGAUGAUUAUUUGAUGGGGGAAAGUUUAGGUAAAGGUAAAUUUGGGUCAGUUUUCUUGUGUAGGAGUAAGGUUACGGGUGUUGAGUUUGCUUGUAAGACAUUGCCUAAAGGGGAAGAGACUGUUCAUAAGGAAGUAGAGAUAAUGCAGCAUUUAUCGGGGCAUCCGGGGGUGGUGACAUUGCACGCGGUGUAUGAGGAUGCGGAAAGUUUUCAUUUGGUGAUGGAAUUGUGCCCUGGUGGGAGGUUGAUCGACGAGAUGACGAAGGAAGGAAGGUAUUCGGAGCAUAAAGCUGCUAAUAUAUUUAAGGAUUUGAUGUUGGUGAUUCAAUAUUGCCAUGAUAUGGGCGUUGUACAUAGGGAUAUUAAGCCUGAGAAUAUCCUUUUAACUGCUUCUGGGAAGAUAAAGCUUGCUGAUUUCGGCUUGGCUAUGAGAAUUGCCAAUGGUCAGAGUUUAAGUGGUUUGGCUGGAAGUCCUGCAUAUGUGGCCCCUGAAGUUCUUAUAGGGGAUUAUGGUCAAAAGGCAGAUAUUUGGAGUGUUGGUGUUCUUUUACAUGCUCUACUAGUUGGUGUCCUUCCAUUUCAAGGGGACUCUUUAGAAGCUCUUUUUGAGGCAAUUAAAAGCAGGGAACUUGAUUUUCACUCUGAAAAAUGGCAAUCCGUAUCUAAACCUGCACGAGAUCUUCUUGAACGGAUUCUCACAAGGGAUAUUGCUGCAAGGAUAACUGCUGAAGAAGUUUUAAGCCAUCCGUGGAUGCUGUUCUACACAGAACGCACUUUGAAGACAGUGUCUGUCAGGUUGAAGCCGAAGCAUUUCUCUGGAACUCCAAGCCAAAUGCCAGCCAUUACCUCUAGACUAAAAUCAGAUGGAAAGAAGAGAUGCAGUAAAUCUCUCUAUGGGGAAACCGGAGAUUUAAGGUGUGAUAGUUCGAAUAGAGAAUCUGAAGAAUCCGACGAUUCUGGUUUAGUUGAUGUGCUUGCAGCAGCGAUAUUGCAUUGCACGAUAUCUGAACCAAAACGAAGCAGAUUGUGCGUAAACAAUAGUCCGAUAAGGGAGCAAUGCUCAUCUAACGUGAAUUCUAACCUUUGCAAGGCUUGCUGAUUCCAUCCAUAAUCCAUGUACAGGUGUCUUGACAUUAUAGUGCUGAUGCCUCCCUUUUCAAUCAGUGGAGACUGAUCAAUUAAUUAUAAGUUACCAGCGUGCAAUUUUCGACUGUACAGAGAAGCUUGGAUGCAGAUUAACUCGAAUAACACCAUCAUUAUUGGAUUUGAAAGGUUUUUCAAAGUUGACGCAUUCAUUUACCUGACAGUGGAUACACUGGUUGCAGUACAAACAUGUAAAUAGUUGAUUGAUGACCUUGACAGCAUAGGAUGACUCUUGUAGUCUUGUGCUUACUAUACAAUGAGAAGCUAACUGGUUUGAUAUCUCUUAUUAUUUGUUUGUCUCGAA